AUGUCUGAGAGCCCGGUCUUUGUCUUUGUGCCAGGCGCAUGGCAUGCGGCAGACACAUUCGAUCUCGUGCGGGAUUUGAUGCACAAGCGCGGAUUUGCAACUGAAGCUAUCUCCACUCCCUCUGUGGGCGCAUGCCCUCCAAACAAGGGGUUGCACGCGGAUAUUGAGCAUACUCAGGCUGUUCUCAAAGAGAUGGUCGAAGCUGGCCGCCAGAUUGUGGUAGUGAACCAUUCCUAUGGCGGGAUCGUCGGUGCCGGUGCUGUCGAGGGCCUGGGAUAUGCGCAGCGAUGCAAAGCUGGGCUUCCCGGCGGUGUUAUUAUGGUAGUAUGGAUGGCUGCAUUUGUGACACCAAAGGGCAAAACUGUUAUGGACAUGCUGGGCGGAAACUUCCUUCCCUGGAUGGUCAUCAAGAGCCCUGAUGAUGGUUACUGCUGGUCUUCUGGCGAAGAGACGAUAUUCUAUCAUGAUAUGUCCCCAGAAGAGCAGCAGAAGGCGAUUUCCAAAUUGAAACCUCAGUCGCAGAAGUCUUUCCAUGAGCCGGCGAUGCAUGAACCUUGGCAUGAGAUGCCUAGCAUGUAUCUGUUUUGCGACCAGGAUGCAGCUAUUCCAUUGCCUGCGCAAGAGAGCUUCGCUCAAACCUUGGGCAACCCAGUGACUUAUCAUGUCGAUGCAUCUCACUCGGCAUUCCUGAGCAUGCCAGAAAAUGUGAUUGAUGGGUUGGAGAUUGCGCUAAAGGAAGGUCGACAGCAGAGCGGGAUUGCUGUGAAUUAA